CUUAUUUCUUAAGAAAUCCAAUAAAUUCUCCUAACUAGUUAUUCUUGGUUAAGUUCAUUGCUUUUUCAUUUGAAAGGAAAAACAAAUAAAACUUCAAAUAAGAAAAUGGCAUCUAACAAAAUCUCAUUCUUAUUUGUUCUUUGCCUAUGCGUUCUCUUAUCCUCAGGGAUUGGGAACGCAAAUCCAACUGGAAAACGAUGUCCAGAUCCAAACGGUAAAGACAUAAAAAGUGAGUGCUCCGUCUACUGCAAAACACAAGGUUUUAUGGGUGGUUCUUGUCAAGGCCACAAAGGUAAUUAUAUGUGCAAGUGUUAUGAAGGAUAAAUAGAAAUAUAACCUUCAUAAAUUAAUAUUCAGUCAGAUACUAUAUUGUUUGGUUUUAAAUUAAGUUUUUGAUCCAGUUAAUUUCUCUAUUAGUUGAUAAAAUAUUGUAAACUCCAAUUUACAAUGUUAUACAAGUUUUACAAUAUCAUAUUGCAUAAAUA